GGCAGCAGCAGCAACAUUCCAGGCCGCUCCCCUGCCCUCGAAGAAGAAAACACGGAAGUUGCGACAGAACACGAUCUAAUCAAACGUGCGCAGUAGCUGAAGCUCGACGUUCCGACAUCUGGAAAGUUCUAGAUCGAGAUUCACUCUCUGAGCGACAAGUCCUCAGCGCAGGUGAGCAAAUUAUCCGCCGGACGGAAACAUUAACACUCGAAGUGUGAGAAUGUCUGUGAUCUCCGAGGGGAACGUGCGAGGCGGCAGCGUCUUUAAGGACAUCAGCGCCGAUGACGAGGACUGGCAGCCCUCUGAGAUCGAGAGUCUGUGUAUGAACUGCUACAAGAACGGUAUGACCCGUCUGCUGCUCACCAGGAUCCCCUUCUUUAAAGAGGUCAUCGUCAGCUCCUUCAGCUGCGAGCACUGCAGCUGGUCCAACACCGAGAUCCAGUCCGCAGGCCGGAUCCAGGAGCAGGGCGUGUGUUACACCCUCAGGGUCAAAACAAAGCAGGACCUGGACCGGGAGGUGGUGAAAGCAGACUCCGCCACCACCAGGAUCCCUGAGCUGGAUUUUGAAAUCCCUCCGUUCACCCAGAAGGGCUCCCUCUCCACCAUUGAGGGGCUGCUGGAUCGAGCGGUCGCAGGGCUGGAGCAGGACCAAGCUGUCAGACGGACCACUCAACCCGAGGUGGCCGAGAAGAUAGACGAGUUCAUCAAGAAGCUGAUGAAGUUGAAAGACGUUGAGAAUGAAUUCACCCUGGUGAUCGAGGAUCCGUCCGGAAACAGUUUUGUGGAGAACCCGCGGGCCCCUCAGAGGGACGAGGCCCUCACCGUGACCCUGUUCAAGCGGACGGUGCAGCAGGAAAUGCAGCUGGGAAUCAGGGCCGACGAUGACCUGGAAGAGGAGCCGGCAGGCAACGACCUGGACACCAUGAGAAAUGAGGUUUUGGUCUUCAACACCAACUGCCCAGAAUGCAACGCGCCCGCCUCGACCAACAUGAAGCUCGUCCAGAUCCCUCACUUCAAGGAAGUCAUCAUCAUGGCCACCAACUGCGACAGCUGCAGCCACCGGACCAAUGAGGUGAAGUCGGGUGGUGCCACGGAGGAGCAGGGCACCAAGAUCACCCUGCACAUCACCGACCCCUCAGACAUGACCCGAGACUUGCUCAAGUCGGAGACGUGCUAUGUCCUCAUCCCGGAGCUGGAGUUUGAGCUGGGGAUGGCAGCUCUCGGCGGGAAGUUCACCACCCUGGAGGGGCUGCUGAAAGACAUCAAGGACCUCAUCGUCUCCAAAAACCCCUUCAUCUGCGGCGACAGCGUCGCUUCAGACCGGAUGCAUAAGCUGGCAGAGUUCGGAGAGAAGAUUGAGGAGGUUAUCUCAGGGAAAAUGGACGUCCACCUGGUCCUGGACGACCCAGCAGGGAACAGCUACCUGCAGAACGUGUACGCCCCUGAUCCUGAUCCUGAGAUGACGAUUGAGAAGUACACUCGCACAUUUGAGCAGAAUGAAGAUCUCGGUCUGAACGGCAUGAAGACAGAGGGGUACCAAAAAGAAAAGUGAACUUCCAGCUCUCGCUGAAUGGACUAAAAGAGUCGUUAAUUGAUAAUGUCUUGAUAAAAACCUUGUGUAAUUAUCCUACUCCAUCUUACUUUUUUUUCAUACAUUUUAAGUUUAAUUUAAUCACGGGCCGAGAGGUUGUGUUCAAUAGUAUAUUGAUCACUGAGGGGAAUUCUAAGUUACCAGAAUACACAUGUAUUUGAAAAUAAUUAUAAAAACACAUCAGUAACCUAAUUUGUGCAAAAACACAGAUGCUGUUGAUAAAUUUGGUGUUUAUUUGCAUUGUUGUAUCGUCCCAGAAGAUGGCGCACUAUCCUCACCUCUGAUUAAAAAGGCUUCUUUUCUUUCAGUGGAUCCCACACUGUGUGACUAAAGUAAUCUUCUUAUACACCUGCGAGCAUGAGAUCGUCUAAAUAAAGCAAUAUCUAAUUCAUACUUUAGCUCUGCUCUUUGAUUUGGCAGAUGUUAAAAGACGGCAGAUAAGGUUUGCGUUUCGAUUUAAAUACAAAUGUUCUGCUCUAAUCUGCAUAAUUAGUCGUCAGAAAAGCCAGAAUUUUAAUUUCACUGCACGUACUAGGCAAAUGCUCCUAAAAAAUGGGUGUUUUUUGUGGAUUCAUGGGAAAGUUUGUUAGCGCGUUGGUGCAAAUAAAAGCUCAGGCUGCUUUAACUAUCAAUUCUU